AUGGACUACGUGGUGAUGAGUCAAGCCGCUAAACGAGAAAAUGGGAUGAGCAGAAGUGGAUCAGAUGAGUUCGAAAGCGGCAGGCGGAACUCUUUUAAACGUGCGUCAAUCGAUAUGCGGGACAAUCUCCUUCAGCUUACAAGAUGCAGCCAUUUGGUGAAAUCGAUC